CCCCGUUUGUUUGACCUUGAAACCUGUUUGUGCAUCUUCCAGGACCAAAACCGGCUUCUGAUGCGGCAAGGAUACAUUUUAAAAUAUUCAUUAAUUUAUAAAGAAAAAUGAUCUUUUAGUUUCAAAGUAAGUCUAUAAGCAAUGGAAUUAGUGAGGAAAAAUAUUAUAGAAUGCAAUCAAGGAGCGGUCCGUGCCGUGCGAUAUAAUGUGGACGGCUCGUACUGCUUGUCGUGCGGUUCGGACAAAAAGAUCAAGCUGUGGAACCCGUACUCGGGGUUGCUGCUCAAAACGUACGGUGGCCAUGCCGGCGAGGUAAUGGAUGCGGCGGGCAGUUGCGACAGCGGCUUUAUCGUGUCCGUUUCGGCGGACAAAAGUGUCAUCUAUUGGGACGUAACGACGGGUUUGCCGGUGAGGCGACUUCGAGGUCACGCCGGCACGGUCAAGUGCGUUAAGUUUAACGAGGAUUCGUCGGUGGCGGUAUCUGGAUCGACGGAUAAUACCGUCAUGUGUUGGGAUGUCAGGACACGGAAGCUGGAGCCGAUUCAGACGAUGAGGGAGGCCAAGGAUUGUGUCACCUCGCUGGUCGUGACGGAACAUAAGAUAAUUGCUGCAUCGUUGGACGGAUCCAUUCGGCAGUAUGAUCUGAGGGCCGGAGAGUUGACGUGUGACACCGUCGGGGUGCCGAUCACGCACGUGGUUCAAACCACCGAUGGACAGUGUUUGCUGGCGGCCUGUUUGGAUGGCACGAUACGACUGAUCGACACAGACUCCGGAGAACUGCUGUCCGAGUAUCGGGGUCACCAGACGGAAGACUACCACAUCGAGUGUGCGGUUAUCAAGAGCGAUUCACAGAUAAUUUCUGGCUCGGCUGAAGGAUGUGCAGUGAUUUGGGAUUUGGUGGAGGGCAGCGAGGUUCGCCGGAUGUACAUGGGCUCGGGAGGAGUGGUUCAUUCGCUGGCGCCGCAUCCGACCGGGAGCGACAUAAUGUUUGCCCGACGGCGCCACGUUGAACUGUGGGGAGUGCCUUCCGAGGAGGAUGGGGACGAGGCUGAGGUGAUUAUGGAAUAAACACUCUGUAGUAUUUUAA